AACGUUGAAAAGGUGGCGUUGAAAGUAGUUGAGGAGAUGUGGAGAAGCCGGGUUGUUUACGUUUUUGUGAAGAAAAAUUAUCUAAAAACUUAAUUAGGAAAGGAUGGGGGUUAGCAAAGUGGAGGAACUUCAGGAUUUCUUCAAGAGCCACAAUAAGAUUCGGGAGCAGAAAGCCCAUACAUCGAAGGUACACUCCGUGGGAUGGAACUGCGAUGGCAGGAAACUUGCUUCGGGGUCUUUUGAUAAAUCCGUGGCGAUUUUCUCCCUCGACAGGGACCGUUUGAGCAAAGACAACACCUACCGCGGUCACACAGGCUCCGUGGAUCAACUGUGUUGGCAUGCAGUCCAACCCGAUCUCUUGAGUACAGCGAGUGGAGAUAAAACCGUCCGGAUUUGGGAUGUCCGAAUAGGGAAAUGCGCCACGAUAGUCAAUACAAAAGGGGAAAAUAUCAACAUUACCUGGUCACCGGAUGGGAAUACCAUUGCUGUGGGCAAUAAGGAAGAUCUCGUCACGUUCAUUGACACGCGUACGCACAAAAUCCGCGCUGAGGAACAAUUCAGCUUUGAGGUGAAUGAAAUUGCGUGGAACAACCGAAGUGACCUGUUCUUCCUCACAAAUGGCCAGGGAUGCGUGCAUAUCCUCAACUAUCCGAAUCUUGAGGUCAAAGAUAUUCUAAAAGCUCAUCCUGGAACAUGCAUUUGCAUUGAAUUCGAUCCCACGGGCAAAUACUUUGCAACUGGAAGUGCAGACGCUCUUGUUUCCCUUUGGGAUGCUGAGGAGCUUUCCUGCAUUCGGGUAUUUUCCCGUCUCGACUGGCCAGUUCGUACAAUUUCCUUCAGCCACGAUGGCAGACUCCUGGCAUCUGCGAGUGAAGAUCUUCUCAUUGAUAUCGGGGACACCGAGACAGGAGAUAAGGUGGCUGACAUCUCCGUUGAUGCUGCAACAUUCACAGUCGCCUGGCAUCCGAAGCAGUACCUCCUGGCAUACGCGUGUGACGACAAGGAUUCCUGCGAUAGACGACGUGAUGCUGGAAGCCUGAAAGUUUGGGGAUUUUCCGAUUAAAAAAAAAUAAUUUUCUCGAAUAAAUUUAUUCAAAAA